AUGGCGACAACUACGGCGACAACCCCCGUCUUACAGAGCGGAAAGUGGGAUCGAAGAGCUGGACGUUACGACUUCAAGCGUUUCGACCAUGCAUCCUCGACUGCCGUUUCCAUCGCAAACGAAACAAUCGGCAAGGUGACUGUCGACAUCAAGUUCCUCUUCAGGCGCUCUCAAUGGGGCACCCUGGGCCAGGACGAGAACCCCGCGGGGAUCCUCUAUAUGGAUCUCAACUUCACCCAGCCGGUAGGCCACAAGCUUACGUCCGCAACAAUCCAGGUGACUUUGGACGACGAUGAUGUCGCCUUGGAUCACUACCGCGAUCCAGCACUUCUGGACUCGGGCCGUCCCGUCCAGAUCACCGAAUGGUAUGGCCCCAAACAAUUCGGUGGGCCGACGAAGAUGGCGCAUAAGCAGAGAACAAUCAAUCUGACGCCAGAAGCGAACGUGCUCGGAAAUGGAGGCGGAGGUCUUGGAGUAAACUUCAAUAAGUCGUUUGUGCAUACCAGCAAGUGGACAUUUCAGGGCAGCUUGCACCCUGGCCCGACUGGCCCCAGCUGGGCAUAUCGAAGGCUGAAGUGGGACAUGACUGAAAAUGACCUCGAGAAGCACCCGGACCAUGCGAACAAGGUCCACACGGCAUUUGCCUUUGAGAACAGCGGCCAACCUUUUCUGAUGAAAGUUCAAAUUGAUGGAGAAUUGGAGAAGAUUGGCAGCAGGUUGAAAGAUAAAGUGAAGAAAAAAUUUGGGCCACGGCCUCGGAAGGAGCAGGACAUAUCCUCCACGCUGGUUGGUGCCUUCUACGGAAGGCGGCGACCUCUAGAUGAACUAGCCAAAGGCUUGGAAAGAGCGAUGGAGCUGGAGAACCGCAACUCGGUCCCUCUGGAAAUGCCUGCUUCUCAGCAAGCAACAUUUCAGCAGCUGCCCUACGAGCCCGCCGCCUCAAAUAACCCCGCUACCGUCGGUUCAUCGGCUGCACCUGGAGGUAUGCUGGCAUCAAACCCACCACCACAGAUUCAAAUCGAAGACGGCGAACCGAUAGGGUUGCUGGAAGAUAGGUCAUUGUCGGCCGAUCGCACUGAGCCAACACUCGACAACCUUGCAAGAGUUGGUGACUUCUUCAGUAUGCCGAUUCGCCGGCAGCCACCCGUCAGACGAGAUAUAGUUCGUGAAGACGUGUCUGAGAUAUCCGAGUUCACGUCUGCCACAACACUGGUCAACAGCCAUGUUGGAGAAGGAGAUCAAGAGGAGGAAGAACAGGAAGCGGAAUCGGAGCCAGAACGGGCGGUGCAGAUCAAGAACAAGAAACAACAAAAAGUAACAAACUCAAAUAAGCUCAACGACCAGGAGGCGAUGGCAAAAGCCUUUGAGGUUGCCUUUGUGCGAGUAUUUGUACAAUGUGUGAUGUAUCUGAUGAGCUUGUGGGAGGCAGCGACUUCAACCAAGAGCUAUGAUGAAGAGUACGAUGAUGAUGAUGAGGUGGAUGACGAAGACGAUGAAGAGGAGGGAGAAGAGCAUCUACCAAAGCCAAGAACAAAGCCAAAAUCAAAGCCAAAGCCAAAAUUGAAACAGAAACAGAUACACAGCAAACAAGGCUCUCAUGUGGGAAGUGUCAUAAAGACUACUCCAGUAAAGAAGAAGGUAGCCAGGCGAAGGCGGGUGUCUGAUGCAUCGGAGUAA